AUGGGUGAGGAGAUUGAACAAGAUCUAAUAACCAAGAUUAAUGAUGCUCUCCAAGAAGCAACCUCUAAUGACCAGUUUCUACUCUCCAAAUUAGCUCCCCUUCAUACCCAAUUGUCCGACUUGAAAGUCUGGCUUGAUAAAAAAGAUAAGCUCUCCUCAGCUUCAGAUGCAGCAAAUGAGGCUGGUAGACAACAACAACCACCCAGAGACAAGCUUUACCAGCUCAAUAACGUGUUGACUGAGUGGUUGACGCUAACAAAGAAGCAGAGAACGUACUCCCCUGAGGCACUACUCCUCGCCAUCAAUUUGAACACUACCUUAAAGAAGAUCAAAAAGGGUCUUAAAGGUGGGGAAGGCAGUGGAACUACUGCAGAUCAUCACAGGAAUGGUAGUACUGCUACCUCUACUAGUCCACCUGCAGUAGUACCCAUUACUGGUGAUGCAAGUUUGCCAAAGAAAUUAGAAGCUUACCGGUGGAGUUCAAGGUCAGUAGAUGAAAGCAAAGUUCAUGGCUUUGAUCAUGAAAAGAUGUCCAUGGAGAGAUUGCUUUUCCGGAGAGAGCGCCAAGACGAUUUCAAGGCAAUUGGGAUUGUUGGGAUGCGUGGUGUUGGAAAAACUACACUAUGCCAGUUGACUUUCAACAACAAAGUCGUCCAGGAACACUUCCUUCCCCGGAUUUGGGUAUGUCUGUCAAAACACCCUAAUGAAGACGACAGCAACGAAAUGAAGGAGAUUGUUAAAAGAAUUUUAGUCUGCCUCGGAGUGGAAGAGGAUAUCAUCAAGUCUGUUUAUGAGAAUCAUAAACUUCCGGGGCUGCUCUUUGCUCUUCGCCUACAGUUGAUGGGUAAGAGGUACCUAAUUGUGCUUGAUGAUGCUUGUAGCGAAAACAACGAGGGCCUUCAGAAGUUGGGUGCUUCGUUAACUCACAUUAAUGAUGAUGAUAAAUGGGGAGAAAAACUUGCCUAUGGACUCCCAAAAGGGCAUGGGGGAACAAUCAUCGUCACGAGCAGGAGUGAGGAAUUAGCAAAGGACAUGGUGGGUGAGGAGAAUUUGCGUCGCCUUUUGCCCCUUCAAGACAAAGAGAGCUGCUGGUUAAUAUUCAGAGACACUGUUACAGAAGAUGACAUGGAGUUCCCUAAAGAACUGGAAAAUCUGAAAGAUGAAGUCAUAAAGAAGUGUGCUGGCCUUCCAUUAGCUGCAAAAAUGAUGGGGCAAAUUAAGCAUGAUCAACUUCUUCAAGACAAACUCAAGCGGCAGCAGCAACAGAAGUCCACUGAGACUAGCCAAGAUGAGCAGCAGCAGCAAGAAUCUUAA